CAUGGCGCUGCCCAUGUGUUUGCCGCAGAGUUUACGGCUGUGCGUUCUUCGUGACACUUGUUUGGCGACACUUAAAUCGCCACGCCACCCCACAUCGUUCUUCAGAACAGCGUUUAGCAGACACUACGCCACCAAAAAAGUGCUAAAGCCGCCUCCUGGGACCGUGGAACCGAGUACGGACAAAAGGCCGUACGUCAAUGUAGGCACCAUUGGUCACAUCGAUCACGGUAAAACGACGCUUACUUCUGCUAUAACUCGCGCCUUAUACGACGAGGGACUUGCCUCCUUCAUUAAGUAUGACGAAAUCGACCGUGCUCCCGAGGAAAAAUUGCGAGGGAUCACAAUCAACGCGACGCACAUACAGUACAGUACGCGCGCGUACCACUACGCACACACUGACUGCCCAGGGCACGCCGACUUCAUCAAAAACAUGAUCUGUGGCACUAGUCAGAUGGAUGGAGCCGUGGUCGUAGUUGCCGCCGACGAUGGCUGCAUGCCGCAGACCCGAGAGCAUCUGUUAGUCUGCAAGCAACUAGGCGUGAAAAAGAUAGUAGGGUUUGUCAACAAGGCGGACAUCGUGGACAGGGACAUGCUCGAGCUCGUGGAACUCGAACUCCGAGACCUAUUUGAAGAGUACAAGUUCGAAGAUUCUGCCUCGUCACCCGUGGUGUGGGGAUCGGCCCUGAAGGCCAUGGAAGGUGACGAAUCGGAGUACGGGCUACCAUCCGUGCGCAAGCUCCUGUCCGAAAUGGACAGUUACUUCAAACCGCCUACGCGCGACGUUACGGGCCCUCUGCUCAUGCCGCUCGAGACCGCGAUAAGUGUACGGGGAAGGGGCACCGUCGUCGUGGGAACGUUGUUAAGAGGAACUAUGGCCAGGAACCAACAAGUUGAACUCGUCGGCUUCGACGAGACCUUGCACACGGUGGUAACAGAAAUACAGCGUUUCAACAAGCCCAUCGACGUCUGCCAAGCGGGUGACCAUGUAGGCUGCCUUCUCCGUGGAGUCCAGGCUCAAGACGUUCAACGUGGAAUGACCCUGGUCACCCCAGGAACAGCGACCCUGGGAAACCGCUUCGCAGCGCAGCUCUACCUGCUGUCGAAGGAAGAAGGUGGCAGAUCAAAGCCCAUAUCGAAGAAGUACAUUAUGCCAAUGUACUGUGGUACCUGGACAAUGCCUUGUCGCGUAGAUGUGGCAGGAGAUGGUAUGCUCAUGCCGGGAGAGUUUGCCGAAGUGGAGCUGACGUUGCCAAAGAAGAUGCUGAUGGUUGCAGGCCAGAGCUUUUCCAUCCGUGAGGAGAAGCAUACUGUUGCGACCGGAAUAAUAAGCAGGAUCCUUCCGAGUGUUAUAGCCACUACGGCUCAAGUCGGAAAGAUAGACCUUGGUAACAUAGAAGCACGGAAGGCUUCGUGAAGUGUUUAAGGUACCGUCACCAAUGUUAAACAUUAGAAAAGUGUACUGAAGACUGUAAAUUAUAUAUAAAAUGUCAUUCUUACUCUGUUCAUUGCAUUAUUAUGAAUCAGCUGAACACAUUGUUACUGCCAUUUCUGACAAAGAAUAUUGCAACUCAAAGAAAAAGACAACUAAGGACCUUCAGCGACUCUCUACUUAUCAGUCUAGAAACGUCCUGAAAGCUCCAGCUAAUUUUAUGUCUUUUCAUAGCAUUACUUUAUUAUAGAUGGCUUGCACGUGGCAUCAUGGGUGCAGCUUUUGAAUGUACUGGCACUUCACGAUGGCAGCUUUGAUGAGAUACAAGUUGCGGUUAACCUGCUUGAACGUGAUAACAACGUGGCAGGAACGCCUCUGUGCGUGAAUAACGAAAGAACCUGCAUGUGAUGUUUUGAUAAAAUUAAUGUGACAUAGCAAACAUCGUGAACCCCAUGCUGGUGCUUUAACACGGCGGCUUCAGUGAUGUCAAUGCAACUCAUCUAUAUAACGCUGUGUGUAGCUUUUCUUGGGAAUACAGAGGUAAAAGAGACACUGUGCUUCUGAAUAAUAGGUGUCGUAGAAACGUUGUAGUAGAAAACAGCACAACAGACAAGGGCAGAUGCACACAGGA